CCGGGAUUGGGAUCGGGAUCGGAUCGGGAUCGGGACCGCGAUCAGGAUCAGGAUCAGAUUCGGGAUCGGGACCGGGGCCGCCCAGCGCCGCCCGGGCUCUCCCUGCAGGACGCGGUGGCGAUGUUGUGACCUACAUUCGCGACAAGGAGGUCCCCAGCCCGCCGCCACCAUCGGGCCAUGAAGCGGCACAAGUGACAGGGCCGCCGUGCCCGCGGCCAUGGCCAGCCCGGCACCAUGGCUGCACUGCACACAAACAGAGCUGACGCCCUGGGAGGGAGAGGACGAGGAGGAGGAGGAGGAAGAAGACGACUUUGAGAGGCGGAUGGACGAGGACGGGGUCAUCGGCCUGGGGGAGGGUGCCAGGAGCCCACCGUGGGGUGCCGGGGAGGACCCGGAGGAGGGGUCCCCGGUGGAGGAGGGUCGCUGGCACCCGCAGCAGGACCUGGCGGAGGAGGACGAGGAGCGUGGCAGCUCCGGGGGGGACGAGGGGCCCUGGGGGGCAGAGAGUGACGGGGAGCCCUACCCCGAGCUCUCCUGCGAGGGCCGGUGGGGCUCGGGCACGGAUGGUGGGGACACCUCGGCGCUGUCGGACACCAGCCCUGGCCCUGCCACCCCAUCCCGCCGGCCCCGGGGCUGGGGCAGGUCCCGGCUGCCCAAAAAAGCGGCGCCCACGGUGGUGCCCCCCAAGCCCGCCCGACAGUCACGGUCCCUGAGCCCCCGGCGGGGAACAGGAGGCAAGGGGCACAGGGAUCCCUCGGGAACGGGCACGGAUGGCACCCAGUACGGCCGCGGGCGCCUCAACCACCCCCUGCCCGACCUGUCCAAGGUGGAGGCGCGGGUGAAGUUCGACCAGAGCUACCGCCCCCCCCGGGGCCGGGUCCUGCCUGCCCGCCCCAGGGUGCCCGGUGGUCCCGUUGGCUUCAAGUCCCCGGCCGAGAUCGUGCGGGAGGUGCUGCUGAGCAGCGGGGAGGGGGUCCCCUCGCAGCCCCCCAGCACCACCGGGCUGCCACAGGAGUUCAGGUCCCCCAAACAAGCCACCGCGCUGGUGCAGCAGCUCCAGGACGACUACCACAAGCUGCUGACCAAGUACGCCGAGGCUGAGAACACCAUCGACCAGCUGCGCCUGGGGGCCAGGGUGGAGUCCUUUGAAAGAUGGAUCCGUGCGGGGAGCCUCCCACCCUCGGAGCAGCUCCAGAGGAUGAGGCUGCUGAAGGACGCGCAGGAUGCGCUGGAGCGGGAGUACCUGCGGGGCCGGCAGCAGCUCCCGGGGGCUGCGGGGGGGUUUGAUCCUGACCGGGCGGUAGAAGAGGAGAUUUACCGCCUGGGGCUGCGCCUGGAGGGGCUGAAGGAGCGGCUGGAGCCGGGGGACAGGCGGCAGCCCCCCCUACAGUCCCCUCCGCAGCCCCUCCCGCAGCCCCGCUGCCCCCCAGCCCCGUCCCCACCGCCGGCCCCCCACUCCCCAUGCCCCGAGAGCCCUGAGCUGGUGGACGGCGCCCUGGGGACAGCGGGGGACAACGAGGGAGUGAGGGGGGGGCUACCCUGGCCCCUCUGGCACAAGCAGCUCCGAGUGGAGGAGGAUUUCGCGGACCUGCUGGAGCAGUACAAGCACUUCAAGUCCCUGCCGCAAUCACUGAGUCUGGAGCAGCUGAGCCUGGCGGGGAGCGGGUCCCAGGAGGAGGUGGAUGCACCUGUAGCAGGGGACGGUGGCCCCGGCAAGGUCCCCUGCAGGACACGGUCACUGGAGGAGGGGGCCGACCUGGAGACCUUCCCCGUGCAUCCCCCGGAGAGAAAAGCUGCACUGCUGCCCUCCAAGGGACCCCCAAAAGCAGAGGGGACACGGGGCCACCCAUCCCCUGCCACCUCUGAGGAGCCACCAGCCACUGCCAAGCCCCACCUGGUGGCCCCCGGACCACCACGGGCGCCGCUGUCCCGCCGCAGCAGCGGGACGGGCAGCACUGCCCCCCAGCACGGGCCCCGCAAGGUGAAUCCCCUGGGUGCCCCCCUGCCAGCACCCCCAGACCCUGCCGGGGGUCCUGGGGUGCUCAGCACCGAUCCUGCUGUCCCCGUGCCCCUGCAGGAGCAGCGCAUCGUGUCACCGGAGACCGACAGCGGCUUCGUGGGCUCGGAGGCCAGCAGGGUGUCACCCCCCGUGCACACCCCCGAGCACCGCCCCCCUGGCACCGGGACCCCCGGCUCGCUGGGACCCUCCAUCCCCAUCCCCACAACCCUCCGUGCCCCACGGAACAGAGAGACGACCGCGCUUCCCUCCGAGACAGCACUGAUGGGCAUCUACCCCGCGGGCGGGCAGGGGGGCACGGGGGGGCUCUGCCUGCCCCCCAGCACCCCCUCGCAGAGCAGUUCCCCCCCUCGCUGGGCCGAGAGCGCGGGCAGCGAGGCGGGGCCCGACCCCGGCGGCGACGGAGCUCACACGGACUCGGAGGUGGGAGACAGGAGCUGUGCCAGCACCAGUGGACACCCCCCAGCCAUGGCCAGGAGGGUCCCUCCAUCCCCAGCCCCAACCAGCCCCCCACCAUCCCCUGAAACGCCGUCCCCCACCCUCCUGUCCCCCGACCUGCCGUCCCUCACCCCGGCUCACUGUGACCUGCUGGGCUCCCGCCUGGAGCGCGACCAGGCCAUCCGGGAGCUGCGGGAGGAGGUGUGGCGGCUGCGGCGGCGGCUGGAGGAGACCCUGCACCGCUCCCGCAGCUAUCCCGAGGGAAAAGCCACUCCCCGUGUCGCCCCGGCCAGGAGGCAGCCCGUGGGCAGCGCACCAUCGUCCCCCCAGGACGCAGCACCCCCGGGGGAGCUGAGCCCCCCGGCGCGGGGCAGGGUGGCCCCCGGGGUCGCACCCACGCGGAGGGGCAGGUCGGCAUCGCUGCCACGGGACAGGCCGGAACUGGACCUCACCUCCGAGUCAGACCCCUCGCCCGCCGGGCCCCGGGCACGCCCCUCCCUGCGGAAGCACCCUGGGAGCCCCCCGGGAGCGGUGACAUUCCGGGGACAGUACACAGGGACACGGUACCAGGGGGGGACACCACGUGCUGCCCCAGCACCCCGAGAGGAGCCGGGCACCCCGGGGUGCCCUCGAUGUCACAGGAGCGGGACAUCAUCGGGUGGAUUCUGGGAGGGUGAUGCCACCCAGCAGCCCCAGCACAGCACCCCAAGGAGGACACGCUGCCCCACUUGCCGGGCACCACUGGGCCCCCCCGUGCCAGGCAGCAGGGACAGAACCACGCACGCAGAGCGUGGCCCCGGUGCCACAUCCUCCCCAGGCUCCCACGUUGGUCCCCGAGCCGAGAAGCCGGAUCAGCCCGGAUUUUGGUACCUGGCAGCCGGUCCUGCUGCCACCGUCUGCCUCGCCCCCGUCCCCCUCGUGCCUUACGUGCCCUCCGUGCUCUACUGCUCCCCAGCCGUACCUACCUCAGCCCCCGCCACGGCCGCGGCCACCCCGCGCCUCACCGGGGGAAACCGGCGGGCACAGAGACCCCCCCGGGCACAGCCCCGCCACCGCUGCCUCAGCCUGGACCUGGAGGAGCUGGACCAGCUCAACUGGUCCCUGAGCCGGGCCGUGGAGGCUGCCCAGAGCGUCAGGGUGACCACCACCCGCAUGAGCCGGGCACUGGCCGCUGAGCUGGGCCGGGCACGGGAUCUGCGCAGCUCCUGCCUCUUCUGA